GCUGAAACCAUUUCAGUUCCAGUGCAGUGCAAAUGCCUAACAUCCCAUUUGCUUUUGCCUCCGCACAACCAAACAAAACUCCAAAAUCGUCAAGCCCAACAGCAUCCCGCCUCCAGGCUCCCCCCAAGAUUCUUCUUCAGCUUCUGCCGUAAUUCACUCGCCAACAUCCUCUGAUGUCUCCGCCCUCACCGAUGCAGCUAUAAAUCACCUCCCUCCAGUUUCAUCACAGCACACGGCCCCCCUCGAUUCUGUGAUUGUGUGUGAGCGUGUCGGGGUCGGCGAGAGAGACAGAGAUGUCAGGUUCUUUUGUGCUCUCGAACCCAAUUUCCCACAAGACGCUCCCUUUUCGCCCCACCUCUCGUCUGCUUCCCAAACCAAACCGACCCACCAGCUCAAGAUUCCUCCUUGACCCGACGCCAGUCCCGUCGAAAGUAUCCCGGCUUCCCGGGAACGUUCUUGUUCGGACUUCUAUCAGGGACAGCGACACGAAAGAGACUUCUUCUUCGAGCUCGCCUUUGGUUGGGGAGGACUCGGCGGUGUUUGACAUCGGAGAGCAAAAGAUCGUGUCGUGGGUGUACUUUUCGGUGGUUCUGGGUGUUGUUCUGUUCGUUCUGAAUGUGGCCUGGCUUGAUGGCUCUCCUUCAGGGUUGGGACUCGGCAAGGCCUUCAUCGACUCUGUUUCUGGGCUCUCAGAUAGCCCCGAGGUUGUAAUGUUAUUGCUCACUCUCAUUUUUGCCGUGGUGCAUAGUGGAUUGGCUAGUCUUAGGGAUUCUGGAGAAAAAGUCAUGGGUGAACGGGCCUACAGGGUGUUGUUUGCAGGCACAUCUCUUCCAUUGGCCAUUAGCACUGUGGUCUACUUCAUCAAUCAUAGAUACGAUGGAGUACAGUUAUGGCAGCUGCAGGGUGCUCCUGGAGUACAUCAACUUGUGUGGUUCGCAAAUUUUGUCUCUUUUUUCUUCCUCUAUCCUUCUACCUUUAACCUACUAGAGGUGGCAGCAGUUGAUAAACCCAAGAUGCAUCUUUGGGAGACAGGAAUCAUGCGAAUCACCAGGCACCCGCAGAUGGUUGGGCAGGUCAUGUGGUGCCUGGCUCACACGUUAUGGAUCGGCAACUCCGUGGCCUUGGCCGCAUCGGUCGGCUUAAUUGGACAUCAUCUCUUUGGCGCUUGGAACGGAGAUAGGAGACUAGCCAUCCGAUAUGGAGAGGCUUUUGAGGCUGUGAAGAGCCGGACGAGCACCGUUCCCUUUGCAGCAAUUAUUGAGGGCCGUCAGAAGUUGCCGAAAGAUUACUACAAGGAGUUUCUCCGAUUGCCAUACCUAUCGAUCACAGCAUUGACUUUGUUUGCCUAUUUUGCACACCCGCUAAUGCAAGCCGGAAGCUUUGGCCUGCAUUGGUAGCAUGAACUGUACGUAUCAUCUGAAGAGCCAACAUUAGCAUCUUCCAAGUUGUACAUAUCGGUUGCCUCUGUGGAAGUGUGGGAUGAAUACAUUGCCAGGAACGGGAUCCCUCGCAAGUCGCAACAUAACAAAUCCGAAAGAAGAUAGUUUUUGACUGUCGAGAGAAAAACAGUAGUAGAACGAUGUGAUGAUUUUGUUUGAGCAGAUUAGGUCAUGUGCAGUGAUUUACUUCAGAUGCUAAAAUUUCGCCGACUAUUCUGUCGCGAUUGCAAGUUGAUUUGCACACGAUUUGAAGAUCAUUGACCGUGAGGUUUUCCGAAUGAAGAUGUAUUCUUUAGUAGAAA